GUUUGGUCAAUUGAAGUUUCUUUUAUUUCUUUUAAGUGGUGAAAAUGGCAGGUUUGCCUAAAUUACCGGGACUAACGUUUACAGAUCCCACGCUUUCCAGUUUUCAUUUAUCGCAAACUUUUAACGUGUGUAACGGAUAUAAAGUACCAAAGUACAAUUACAGAGGAAUAGGAAAUCGAGAACUAAAUGCAAAUUCUGUAAAAUUCAUUAACACGAACGACCCAGUUCGCUUUGACCCUUCACUUACGUAUGGAAAAACGAAAGCCGUCGCUGUGAACAUUUUUAAACCGCAUUUUGCCUUAUAUGACCAAAAAUGCCUCACCUUUAAAGCUUUUUUCAAGCAGGGGGUUGUUGAAUCUCCUAAUGAAUACUAUAGGGUCAGACAUGUCAACAUUAUAUAUUUUUUGGAGGACGAUUCGAUAACUGUUAUGGAACCUAGAACGCCGAAUAGUGGUAUCGACCAAGGAAGACUUUUAAAGCGACAUAGAGUUCCUAAAAAUCUGGCAGGAGAGUACUGGCACUGGAAAGAUUUUGGCGUUGGAAAAAAUAUUGUAUUCUAUGGAGUGGUUUACCAUUUGGUAGACUGUGAUGGUUUUACUAGGGAAUAUAUGGCGAGUCAAGGAUUAGUAAUGGCCGAUCCUGAACAACUACCCCCUGACCCUUACACCCAGAGCAGACUUAUGAGUUCAUCUAGUCACAAUACUUUCACUAAAACACCAUCCUCAGAUGAUAACUUCAGACGAUUUUUAGAAUAUGAUGGCAAAGUGCUCAGAUUUAAAGCUAUUUGGGAUGACCGCGAUUCAGAAUACGGUGACAUAAGAAAAUAUGAAGUCAUGUACUUUCUUCAUGACGAUACGGUGGCAGUGAAAGAAAUCCAUACCAAAAACGAUGGCAGAGAUCCGUAUUCGCAACUAUUACGAAAAACCAAACUCCCCAAAAUAUGGACUGAUCGGCCGAUAAAUUUUCCUUCAAUCUACCUCGAACGCUCUGACGAAGAAGUCACCGAAUAUUACCAACCGAAAGAUCUGCGAGUCGGCGAAACUAUAUUCGUUUUGGGAAGAAAAAUGCUUCUUUAUGACUGCGAUAGUUUCACCAGAAACUACUUCAAAAAAGCUCUUUGUAUAGAACAGGGUUCUCCCAUUGACGUCUCUGAAAAGCCGAAACCUCCUCCAGAGCGAAAAAUCCCGCCGCACGAUGGAAUUGGCAGCUUAGAAGAUUCGCUGCAAAACACGAUAACAUUUUUGCCAAGACCACCCAGAAAAGACAUGGUUAAACAGAUCUUGAACGCAAACAAGUAUCUGAGAUACGAAAUGAAGAUGGAAGAUAUUCAUCCCGAGGAUACGAUUCGACGUUUUAUUUUAAACUACUCGUUAGGCGACAGUACUUGUAAAAUUUUCGAACCGCCAAUCAUUAAUUCUGGUAUUAUUGGUGGAAAGUAUUUAAAAAGUACCUUGUUGCCUAAACCUGGUACUAAUCCACUUGAUCCUGAAUACUACACCCCUAUUGACUUCUACAUUGGUGCUAUUAUCACGGUGUUUCAGCAACGAUUUAUUAUUACUGGAGCUGAUUUAUAUGUGUACCGCUACAUGCAAGCCAAUUCUAGUAAAUUCCCGUGUGAAGUAAUUGAAAAUAUACGCAAUUUCAUGUUUAACAAAGGAUAUCUUAAUGACGACAUUAAUCAGUUGAUGGAAGAAAAUAAGAUGCAGAUUGAAAAAGAAGAACGAGAUGCUAUAGGUGAUGACCUAAAAGUAACUCAAACGGAAAUGGAAAAAUGCCUGGAUAAAUUUGGCAUUUCUGCUAUUGAAGAUACAACCUUCCAAAAGGAAUAUCCCAAAGAAGAACUUGUAGUACCAGAACAUAAUGUGCCACCAUUUGGCAUACAGCCUGUAAAUAAUGACGGUCCAUAUCCCAUUACAACAGCACCCGUUCCCGAUCUUGCUUGCAAGGAUGAAGCACAAAGAAUUGCAACAACGGAGUAUGAUACAGAGGAAGAAAAGAUCAAAAAAUACUAUGACAGGAUACUCCGAAAGCACAAACAUAUAUGUGAAAAUGCCCAACCUGAACUUCCUCCAGAGGAUGACUGCUUGACAAAGGAACGUAAAGCUAAAGCUGUUACAUUUGCAGAAGAUCAAAAAUGCGAAUAUUAAACAAAUAUGCUUUAUUUUACAAUAAAUAUACACUUUGUGAAAAAUAUAAAUAAAACAU